GGAUUACAAACAGCAUUCGUCAAGAAACAGGUUAUUCAGUGAUCCUGUGGGUCUGCCCGUCUGCCGAGUGAGCUGUAACCUCUGCCUUUCCAGGGAUCGGUCGCCAUGGAGGAUGUGGAGUCGCGCUUCCUGCACCUCCUGCAGCCCAUUCGCGAUCUCACCAAGAACUGGGAGGUGGAUGUGGCUGCUCAGCUGGGGGAGUACCUGGAGGAGUUGGACCAAAUCUGUAUUUCCUUUGACGGCGGCAAAACCACCAUGAAUUUCAUAGAAGCAGCUCUGUUAAUCCAGGGCUCUGCCUGCAUCUACAGUAAGAAGGUGGAAUAUCUCUAUUCUCUGGUCUAUCAGGCACUUGACUUCAUUUCCAACAAAAAACGGGAAAAGCAGCCCAGCUCUGUGGGGGAGGAUGGCAAAGAUGCUGAUGCAAGCUUUGGGACUGAGGAGGAAGAGUUCCUCUCCCUGGAUGACAUCAAGGACACCAGCCAGGCGAGCGUGGACAUGAGGAAGGAUCAUCAGCCCAAUACUGUGGACAUCGUUCCCUUGACGCCGAUGGCUUUGGUUCCCCCAGAGGAGGCUGAGAAGAGAAACAACCCUCUGUUCAGCCGGAAGGGGGAGAUCCUAGCCAGCCGGAAGGAUUUCCGGAUGAACACAUGCACCCCUCAUGCUACUGGAGCCUUUGUGCUGGAACUGGCAGGCCUUUCUCCCACAUGCUUCUUACAGGAAAGGCACCACGAAGGGAACCCCAGCAGAGCAGUAGGAGCACAGUCCUCUGCUCUCAGCGAUGGGAAGGAGCCCGUGCGUCUCAGCACCUGUGGGGCACCCAUCCCAGUGCUGAACUUCUCUGAAGAUGGAGGUGCUGCAGGACCAGAUGACGACGACAACUGUGAGGAUGACUUGCCCGUGGUCCCAGAGGACAAUGUGGAAAUGACUCCAGCUGUCGAUGAACACAUUGAGCCGCAGAGGAGUGCUCCCCAGGCAAAGGGGUAUGUGCUGCGGGAACGAGCCCCUGCUGAGGACCCCAAAGCCCACAUCAAGGAAAUGCUGGAUCCAUGGCAAAGCCUUGACCCCUUUGGUGACUCUGAAGACAAGCCAUUUAAGAAAGGGAGGCCCUUUGUGGUGCCGCACGGCCUGGACGAAGUGGCUGGUAGCAAGCGGAAAAGGAAAGGCCCAAGAAAGCUUCAGGACUUCAUGAAAUGGUUCUCUGCCACCUACAACAACGUAGCUGACGGCAAAAAAAACAGGAGGAAAGGACCAACGUUUGCUGAUCUGGAGGUGCUGUACUGGAAGCAGCUGAAGGAGCGGUUUGCUGCACAGAGGAAGCUGCAGAGGAGAAUGGAGCUGUUCAUUGCCAACUCCCAGAAGUACGUGCAGGAGACAGUGCUGUCCCGGCACAUCCGGGAAUCCUGA